UACAGAAUGCAGGAAAGCCAGAAAUAUGCUUUAACUGCGACGAUAUGUCAAGUCCCGAGUACUGUGACAUUGUUGCACGAUGCCAGAAGAACCAGGUUUGCUACACAGAGUCAUAUCAGUCUGUUUAUGGAAAGGUAUUUCGAUCUGGAUGCAUGGAUGAGCAUAAAUGUCACAAAGAAGAGAAUAGCACCUCUAGUGCAGUAUGUGUUGAAUGUUGCUCUACUGAUAUGUGUAACAACAGAGGCUGUGGAAAUACCGACUUUCCUACACGGGAACACAGAGGUCCUAUGUGUUUUGAUUGUCAUCAUACUGGAGACAUAAAGCUGUGUAGCAAGGUUACAAUGUGUGCACCGGACCAGGUGUGCUCUAUAGGAAGAUACCAGUGGGGAGAUAGUUUCCAUUACAAGCUUGGCUGCACUCACCAUCUGUGUAACCCAGUAUUUCGGCACAUGUUACGUUCUGUACCAUCCUGCCAUUCGUGUUGUAAUGACGAUUACUGUAACCGGAAUUGCUCAGUUAGUAAUUCGGUACCGGGAGAAAUAUUUGUCGGAUAAAGCAGAGACAUGCUACAGAAGUCAGAUAAAUGAUUGACAGAACGUUUGGCUAAUCAGUAUAAUAUUAAAGAAUAAUAAUAAGGAAUAUUAAAGGUGCUUCAUCA